AUGUCCGAUGUAACACCUGCACCAGCAGAGACUUGCUAUUGUGAUCCAACCAUUCUAUCAUAUGGAUGUAACGAAAAUGGAUGCUUGGCAAUUGCAGUAAUAUUUUUAAUAUUAUUUUCAAUCCCAUUUGUAAUUUGUAUAUAUCGUUUCUUUAUACUCUUUCAAAAACCAAAAGAAAAUCUUUGGUCCAUCGUAUCGCAUUCCUUUAUUGCUGUUACAUGUGUUUGUAGAAUAGUUAGAUCAGGAUGUUUAAUUGCAAGAGUAGCCAAUUUGGCAGGAAUGGCAUUAUUAUAUCUUUUCCCAAUUGGAUUUUUAAUUUGUUCCUAUUUCAACACACUCUAUGUAUGGAUCAAGAUUAUCUAUCACGUUAAUUUCUCUAAAGUUGUAGAGAGAAUUUUCCCGUCACUUGGCAAAACUAUGAUUGCAUUACAAGUAUUAUUGAUCGUUUGUAUUAUUAUCGUAUCUAUGGUUCAAUCUCCAUAUCAAGUUACCAAUGGUAUUUUAGGUGCUUUUAUCUUUUUUGGAGCACUUGGAUUUGCCAUUUUUGGAAAGAUGAUUUGGAGAGAAUAUCGUGAUAUUUCAUCAAAGGAUUGUGGAGUAUUCAGUCAAACCACACAUUCAAAGAUUCAAAAGGUUACUAAAUUGUCGGCUGCUGCCAUCGUUGUCACCUUUUGUACGUUUGGUGUGAUUAUUUGGGGAUUGGUAUCAUCCUAUCCAUUGGGCAUAAAGAGUUUGAUUGCAUUCUCGUUGGUAGGCAGAGGAAUAGAAGUAUCAUGGAUCAUAUCUAUGCUUUUAGUGCUUUCUCCUAGUUUGCAAACUUGGGGUGCUGGUGCAUCAAAACAAGUCAGUUCAAUGGGUGCCAACCAACACUUUGAAGAUCUCAGUGAUAGUUCAAUCGAUAUUGAAGAUGGAGAAGUAACAUCAUCCAAGAAACAACAACAACAACAACAACAACAUCAAGCAACAUCUAUUACAACUGCCACUAAAAUGAAUCAUUUACAUGGAAUUGAUGAUAGUGAUGAUGAUAGUAGUAGUAGCAGUAGUAGUAGUAAUAUUGAUCUUCCUACCUCCCCUACUGUUGUCAAUAAUAAUAAUAAUAAUAAUAAUAAUAAUAAUAAUAAUACAACUACCACCAAUCAAAAUCAAAAUCAAAAUCAAAAUCAAAAUACCAACGAAAAUACUAAUAAUUCUACAAUUGAUAAUAAUCAACAACAACAACAAUCAACUGGAGGUUCAUCUGAAGUUUAA